AUGACUACGAUUAUACCAGAAGAUCCUGAUUUAUAUUUCCUGGACCCGUAUUUGCCUGAUAGUCUAAGUUAUAAUGAAAUAGGUGAUAUUGUACAAAUAUUAACAUCUGUGAUUAAGGAAAGACAAAUUGACGAAAAUUUAUUAUUAUCACCUUAUAAACCCUGCGAUGUCGCCUCUUUAAACAAAUUAUUGAAGUAUAUAUUGGUAAAUUACGAUAAAGUGAUUUCUGAUAUCGAUUCUUUAUAUGCAUAUAUUAUUAACCAAGAUGUUCAUAUUUUAUUUCAGGUUCUAAAGUUCAUAUGGUGUAGACUCCCGUUUGGUUGUGUAAUUGGUUGGGAAAACUAUUUGCAUUUUCGAAAGAGAGAGAAACAUGAUAAAUUUCCAGAAAAUGCUUUCAAUAGGCUGUUACCGCAAUGUCUAGAAUGCUUAGACCAAAGUAGAAUUGUCAAUGACUUCUUUGAACUAAUAGCUAUUAUGUCAAACAAACUAGACCUACAAAUUGAGCACAUUAUUUAUAUUUUUGCUAUUUGGGCGUUCAACAUUCGUGACAAUGAACCGUAUUCUGUCACUUUGGGAGGUAUUGCCACAAAAUCUAUAAAAUAUUAUGUCAGGAAGUUUAACUCUAGGGCAGAUGGGUUGCUUCAUUUAUACAUGUCUUAUUUGAGGAGUAAAAAAAUGGGUCAGUUGGUAUUGUUGGAUACAGUGAGUAAUUAUCCUCCAUCUAACGUAUUUAGAAGCCUUACAUUUGAAACUAAUGUCCCUCUAGUUUCAAUUAAUGGAAAUGGAUCAUUAUCCCCACAGGAGCUAUUAGAAAUAUGUAGCGAACGUUUGGACUUCUCAAAUUUGGAGCUAUUCGAAGUCUUUGAAGAUUAUGUUAUAUUGAAGUCCAUAUUCCAUGAAGAACAGAGCACCAUUGAUGAAACUAAACACAAAAUGACAAGAUCUUCUUUUGAAAUCUUUAAUUAUUUAACCCGGUUUGCACCAGAAGGGACUUCUAGUCACAGCUUAGAUACAUCUGAUAAUACACCAAAUACCAUUAUGGUUGAAAGGUUACAGAUGAAUGAUUAUUUUAUUUCUGCAUGGGUAAAUUUGAUUUCAAUAGAAGAGUCCAUUGAUAGAAAACAUUAUUUUGGGAGCACAUUAGUUUUAAAGUUUGAAAUUGAUAACUUUAUUAAAAUUGUUGCAUUUCAAAAUUAUCUCGAUAAAAAUCCAGAUGACUUGUCAUCAAAUUCAUCAUUCGAUAAGACGAUUGCCAGUCUAUCUUCAACAAUCAUUGACAUAAGUUCAAGUUCCGAGUCAGUUACUAGAAUUACAUCCGACAUAGGAAACGAGGCAAGUAAAAGUCCUUCACCAAUAGCAAAUUUUAUUAGUAAAAUAAAUUCUAAAUAUAAUGAAUCUCAUAGUUAUAAUGAUUCAUUAAGGGAUAUAAAUGGACAUUCAACUUUUGUUAGGCAACUAUUUCCAAAUUCUAAUAAGUCUGCAAUGGAAAUUCUUAAAGAAGAUGAUGUUGGUACACUUAAACCUUCAGUUCAUAUUAAAUCUAGCAUGGAUACUCAUCUUCAAUCAGCAAAAAACAGGAGGACUAUAUCGGUACCGACUUUAAUUAGUUCAAGCAACCCAAGUAUUGACGCUAAGUUAAAGCAACCAGACUUCAUUGAGUAUGAACAAAUACAAAGUAGAACUAAAAGCUUUAAUAUAAAAACUCAAAAUAUUGAUAAUGCUUCAUCUGAAGCAAUCAAUAGUUUAUUAGAAGGACUAACUCCAAAGUUCCAGAAAUUAAAACUGUCACCAUAUUCUGAGAGUUCUACUGACGAAUUCUUUUCCUCAAAUAAUAGCGCUAUAGAUACAAGGGAAAACGAUGAAUUUCGAACAAGUCCUUUAAAGAAUGCUAUUGUGGUUGAAAAGCCUAAGGUAGUUCCUACUCUUGUAAAAAAGGUUGCUGAAAAUAGACUUUCUGGAAGUCCUGGAGAUAGCGAGAAUAAUGACAGUUCACUUGAGAGAUUGGUUAAAGAAGAAAGAAACAGUUUAAAAAAGAAAUCAAAUCCAUAUCCAGAUUCACCAAUACUUAAAUGUGAACUAGAACCUUACUCUGUCAAUAAAAACGAAUUAUCUAAACCCUAUCCCGAGCGAACAGGAAUGCCAUUUCUCGAAGCUAAUCAUUUACUGAAUAACAAAUCAGAAAAUAUUGUAGAUACAAAGAUUUCCCAAGAGGUAAAAUCUCAGAUUUCUGAAGUAGAUACUAAAUUUAGAAAAGAGUUAUGGUCAAGUAUUAUCACAAGACCCGUCUAUUUCCCAAAUUUCAACUCUCAGAGGGUGUAUUCUCCUAAAACUCUGCCUAAAAACUCCGUCAAUCCGUUUAGAACAAUGAUUAACAGAAGCCCAAAUAAAAGAAAACAUAAGAGGAAAAUCCUUAGUGACGAUAACAGUUUGAUAUCAAGACCUUCACUUUCACCUAAAUCAGGAGAAACUAUUGUAAACAAUAAAAUGUCAACUUUUGAAAAGAAUAGACCUGUGAAGAAAGAAGAAUUCAAAAGGAAAUUUGAAUCUGACGUUAGACAUACUGAAAAGUAUAGCCCACAAUUGUGA